UUUAAUAUAAAAUUAAUAUUCUGUCAACUUCAGUUAAUUUGAUCAUAAUAUCAUAUUUUUGUGUCGUAUACUACGUACUACGAAGGUACGAACUACGAAUUAUGAAUUGCGUUGUAUAAAUACGAUGCGCGGACUCGUUUCGAAGAAGUAUAUAAAAUCAAUCGCGGUUCUUGGAUAAUCAUUAGUUUACGUGAAUCCACCGCAACCAGUGAAAGAAUGAACACUUCCAGAGCUAUGGACGCCACCGGAGCCGAGGAUGCGGCGACGAACACGAUGAUGGAGACCGAUAUCAAUUCAGUGGACAAUAAUAAACAAGACAGAGUGAAUAACAUGAGUUCUCUCGAACCAGUAAAGAUUGAAAUAUUAUGGAGCAUUGUAUUAUUCUUUGUUUUUGGUCAUCUGUCAGCUAUUUAUGGAUUAUACUUAAUGUUUACAUCAACUAAAUUACUCACAACAUUUUAUGGAUUAUGUUCAUGGAUAUUAUCAGGUUUAGGUGUAACAGCUGGACUUCACCGUUUGUGGUCACAUAAAUCAUACAAAGCAAAAUGGCCUUUAAGAUUUAUUUUAAUGUUGAUGAGUACCAUAGCAUUUGAGAAUCAUAUUUAUGAGUGGUGCAUGGACCACCGAAUUCAUCACAAAUAUACAGAUACAAACUCAGAUCCACAUAAUGCUAAGAGAGGAUUUUUUUUCUCACACAUUGGGUGGCUUGUAGUUCGUAGACACCCAGAUUACUACGACAAAUGCUUAAAAAUUGAUAUGUCUGAUUUAAAAAAUGAUCCCAUAGUUAUGUUUCAAAAAAAAUUUUAUGUUCCAUUACUAUUAUUGUUUUGCUUUAUCAUUCCCACAAUAGUACCUGUUUAUUUUUGGAACGAAACAUAUGUUAAUGCAUUUUUUACUUCAACAAUGCUUCGUUAUAUUUUCACUUUGAAUAUGACAUGGUUGGUCAACAGUGCCGCUCACAUCUGGGGUAAACGUCCAUAUGAUGCAUCCAUAAAUCCAUCUGAAAAUCUAUCUGUGUCACUUGGAGCUUUAGGCGAAGGAUGGCACAAUUACCAUCAUGUGUUCCCAUGGGAUUACAAAGCGGCUGAACUUGGAAAUUACAGAGCAAACUUGACAACUGCAUUCAUAGACUUUUUCUCACUUAUUGGUUGGGCUUAUGAUAUGAAAGUGGUCUCAAAAGAUAUGGUUUUAAAACGAGCCAAUAGGACCGGAGAUGGUUCACACCCUGAUGGUGAUGGAAUCUGGGGAUGGGAUGAUUCUAACAUUUCAAUUGAAGAUCGAAAAUUAACAACUGUCAUCAAUAAAAAAGAUGAUUAAAAAAAAAAUUAAUAAUGUUCAUCAAUACCUUCUGGCGCCUAGCCUUUAUUAUUAUAAAAUGAAAUUUUUUAUUUUAUUGUAUUUAUAAAUAUUAGAUACAUGUAUUUAAAAUCUCUUUUUAUACUUCAAAUGAUUUUAUUAUUUUUAAAUUAUGUUAAUCAUGUUGAUAUUACAAUUGUGUUAUACUGAAAAUAAACACAAUUUACAAUUAA